AUGAACGCUACCGCUCCAGCUGAUCCUGAUUUCAUCGAAGUUACGGAUUACCUCAACGGAAGCGAUUCGGACACAAACAUCGAUGAGGACGAAGUGGCCGGCGAGUACUACCAGCCAGUCUCCGCCGUCGAUUCCGAAGAUGAAGAUCAGAGCAGAAACGAUACCGUCUCGAUCCACCCGCAGCAGCACCAGCAGCAGGUGCUCUCCAACGGCGUGACUGUGAAUCAGGUACAGAGAGGGAUUUCGUCUCUCCGCCUAAACGACAACCUCGAGGGUACUAAUAAUCAUAACAUGAGCAUGAGCAGCGAAGACGAAGAAGACAAAGAGGAGGAGGAGGAGGAGGAGGAGGCUUCUGAUUCGGCGAUAAUGAGGGCGUUCAGAGAAGACGAGAAUCGCAGAAAUGCGCCGUUGCCUCCGGAGAACGCGACGAGGGUUAGGGAGGCGAUGCGGGGAAUUUCCUUCGCCGGAACUCCUCCCCCUUGGGCUGAUCGGGUCCCCGAGGGCAACUUGAUAGACCGCAUUCACCAACUCCGGCGCCCGGUUUGA